AUGGAAGGCAACCUAGAUCGCACGUCAUUCCUCCCUUCCCAUACGGGGCCCCAUGUCUUUCCUAACAGUCCGUUCUUCAGCAAGCUUCUGCGCCACGCACGGCGCGGUCGUGUCGCGUUGCGAGACGUCGAUCUCGGACUCGAGAAGACGUAUACCGAAAUCCUCUCCGAUGCGCUGUCCUUCAGAGCCGUGAUCGAGCGGUCACUGAGCGAUCAGCAGCUCAAGGCCGUUCACCGUGGGGACGAAGUUUACAUUGGCGUUUUAGCGGCAGGGGGGUAUGAGUUCACCGUUGCUGUGCUGGCGGUGCUUGGUAUUGGUGCUGCCGUGGUUCCCAUUGCUACCUCCGCCCCUGUGACUGAAGCUUCCUACUUUGUCACAAAGUCAAGACAGGCACUGCUUCUUGUGAGUGAAGAGGUCAUCCAGCAUGGGCGAGACAUCCGGCAAAACAUCCGACUCGACACCGGUAUCGACAUCCCGAUGCUCACGAUCUUGCCCAGCCUCCCAAAAUCUUCAACAUUCUCUGUAUUUGACAUGGUCCUCUCUUCAAAUCGUCACUUAGACGACAACGCUCCAGGAGUGGUGAUAUUCACAUCUGGCACCACGGGUCGGCCCAAGGGAGCCGUCAUGCGCCGCUCGUACACGCACGAGACUGCUCUAGCUAUAGGUGAAGGCUACGACGUCUGUCACACCGAUGUGCUCCUGCACGUUCUCCCAGUCCACCACACCACUGGUCUUCAAACGUCCUUCUUUGUCUUCCUCGUUGCCGGCGCCUGCAUCGAGUUUAAGCGCGGCUCAUUUGACCCCGACUGGGUAUGGAAGCGAUGGCUGGCCGGAGGCUUGACCGUAUUUUCUGCCGUGCCAACCAUCCUUUUGCGGUUGAAAUGGCAUUAUGAGAAGCACAUCGCCCACCUGCCACCUGCAGAGCGGCAACGGUACGACGACGCAGGAAACGCUUUCCGUGACAUCAUGUGCGGAUCGAGUGCGUUACAAGACCCCGUGCAAGAGUUUUGGACGACCUUGCGCAGAAACCGGCCCAUCCUCACACGGUACGGCGCGACCGAAUUCCCCGGCUGCCUGAAAGUGCCUGCGAACGCGAGAGACCUUCCCAAGGGCUGCGUCGGGCUCCCCGUGCCCGGCGUGGAACUGAAGCUGUCCGAGGGCGACGAGGGCGAACUUCUCGUCCGCUCACCGUACAUGUUCUCCAAAUACCUUUUCGACACCGAAGCCACUCGGCAAGCGCACGACGCCGACGGCUUCUUCAAGACGGGCGACAUCCUUCGUCGCGAGGGACAGUAUUAUUUCGUCGUUGGCCGCGCCUCAGUCGACAUCAUCAAGUCUGGAGGGUACAAGAUCUCUGCCAUCGAUGUGGAGAGAGCGUGUCUGAAGCUGCCGUAUGUGAGCGAGGUGGCGGUGCUAGGCGUCGAGGAUGAGGAGUUUGGACAGCGCGUCGCUGCCGUCGUCGCCGUCAAGUCGACAUCUGAUUCUGGAAAAGAUUCCAACAACAGCGACCAUAAUGGUGACACCGGCAAUAAUGAGCACCAGACACUGACGAUCGAUCGCCUUCGAGCAGACCUCAGGGCUGACCUGACGCCGUAUAAACUGCCGACUCUGCUACGUGUCGUGCACGGCGAGCUGCCCAAGGGCGGCACAGGGAAAGUGCAGAAGAAAAUCCUGGGACCGCAGAUGUUCCAGCCGGGCUGGAGGACGGACGCCGAGGUGCAGUUUUGGGACCCCAAGAGGAAUACUUAUAGAGGAGGGGCGAAGCUAUAA